AGAAAGCCCAAAGCACAUUGGCUAUAGGCAUUGUAAACAACCAAUCAGAAUGCGUCUGAUAAAGUACGCUUAUUAAACGAGGGGAACACAUUUUCUGAUAUGGUAAAAAUGAGUUCAAGAAGUAGAAGCCGUUCUCGUGAAAAAGAAAGAGUAGACAAAUUUGGUCGAACGGUUCCAGCAAGCAGGUCAAAGUCACGCUCUAGAUCCUUGUCGAGAGAACGCUCCCAUGAUCGUCACAGUCGAAUACGCGGCAGGUCUCCGGGACGAGGAUCAUACAGGAGUCGUUCACGCUCUGGUAGCAGAUCUAGAAGCUUUGGUCGUGGCCGUGGUCGCGGAUCAUUUGAUGCCCCUGGUGGUCGCCGCUUUGAAGUGACUGAUAGGACAAAUAUUGAAGACCCAGCAUAUUUGAACGCGCGAUUGUUUAUUGGGAAUUUGCCUUCUGAUAGAACUUCAAAACAAGACUUAGAAAAUCUCUUUCAAUCUUAUGGCAAAAUCCUAGGAGUGUCCAUUCACGACAGGGGCUUUGGAUUCGUGCAGUUUGAACGUGAGGAGGAUGCCCAGAAAGCCAAAGACGGAGAAAGAGGGACUAAACUUAACGGACAAGUGCUUGAUGUAAAGAUGGCUGCUGAGGGGCGGAGACAAGGAGGUCGUGGUCGUGGUGACUCGGGUCGAGGACGGGGAGAGGGCAGGGAGCCACCUGGUGUGGGCUAUGGUGCUAGGGAACGAUCGCCAAUUGGUGAUGACAGAUACAGGGACCCGUAUGCUAGUCGGCCACCACCACCAAGGGACAGGUUGGCGCAACCAGAUGUGCCACCACCUGCUCCACCUGGCAGGGGUGACCCGUACUAUGCGGACCCAUACAGACGUGCCCCACCCCCUGGGGAUCCUUACCUGCCACCCUACAGGGAUGAUCCCUACAGCAGACGUGAUCCGUACCGGCGAGAUCCCUAUGAUGACCCCUAUAGGGACCCGUACUACAGGGACCCCUACCUACCACUACCACCACCAAAGAAGCAAGUGCCAGCUGAUGUGCAGAUCGUCUGCUUGAAUAAACAACUCACUCUGUAUGCGGAGAGCCUUGAAAGUCGACUGCGUCAGAGUGCCCUGAUAACGGACAUUGUGAUCAUUCCCGAUGACAUGCAGGUCCCACAGAUGGUUGAAGAGGCAGCCAAGCUCAAAUACCUGUUUGUAAUCCUCAUCAACAGCCAGAACGAGGCGCACAAGUCUCUCACGUUGAACAUCCUUCAUGGCACACCACAGGAGCACCGCAAUAUGCCCAUGGAAGAUGCCAUGAAGUUGAUCGCCACCAGUUUUGAGAAGUACAUCCAAACACAGCGUGAGAAGGUGGCGGGUGGGGGAUCAGGGGUUCCGGGCGCUACACCCGCCGUGCCGGCCCAACCCCCCUUCCUCCCGCCAUCCGCGGACGUUUCUUACCUUUUAAAUUUGCUUGCUGAUAAUCGCCAGCUUACCAUUGAAGAGUUAGAAAAAGUCAUUGGCUAUCUCAUUGAACGCAAGGAGAAACUUGGAGCUCCAGCUAGACCAGCGGCCCCUGCCAUCAGCAUGGUUCCCCCAGCCGGAGUGGCAGCCCCCACCGCAGCUGCAGCAACAUCGGCCUACUUGCAGCAGCAACAGCAAGAACUUCAAAGCAAGAUUCUCAAUAUCCUCAACGGCACAAGUGGCUCAGCGCUGCCUCAGGCCCCCUCUCAGCCUACGCAGGCUGCCGUUGGGUAUGGAAACCAGCCGUCUGGAGGAACCGUCGGGCGAGCUCCAGCUAGCAACCAGACCAGCCCCAUGAUUAAUUUCGACAACCCCAAUGUAAAGAAAGCGCUGGAUAGUUUAAUUCAGAGUGGCCCAAAUUUGCUGAAGAGCCUCCCAGCUUCUGUGUCAGCCGCAGCCCAAGUCCGACCGGCCGAGUACCAAGCAGCAGCCCACGGUGUGCAGGCUGGUCAAGGGUAUGGCCAGCCCCCAGAUGGCAUAGCCCGUAUUAAACAGGAUUAUGCUGGCGCCCAGCAACAGCCUGCGCAGUACACGGGGUACGGGAACCAGUACCAACAGCAGCAGCAGCCUGUGCUGCAAGGUCAAAACCCACCCAGAGGCUACAGCGUACAGCAACCCAGGCCAACAAUGGCAGCCAGGGUUCCUCAAGGGGUGGCGCCAAGGCCCAGAUUUUGAUGUGUUCUCUGUCAGUGGACUUGUUAAUUGACCAUUUUUUGGUUUAUAUUGUGACUUUUUACUUAAUUUCAUGAAUGAUCUUUUUCAUGAUUUUGUUCCAUAAAAAUCAUUCAUGCAAAUCUGCAUUUGAAUUCAGUGUAGAACUUCAAGGGGAAGUGUCUGUUUAUCUGACUUCAUCAUUAGUAAAUGUAAAUACUUCAGUGGUGCAUAUUUUUACUGGGACCACAUGCUGGUCAAAACUCAAGCAGCAAAAAUGGACAGUUAUGGAAAGCAAUGUACCAAAAGAAACUUUAAAUUAACUUAUAUCCUUUAUUACUGGGAAAUGCAUGAUCAUGUUUUAACUUACUUAGUGUUCGGUCGAAUCUAUGGUUUUUAGAAAUGACUUAUGAAAUAUUUUCUUGUAUGUAAAAGCUUAUGACAAUUGUUUUUUGGUAGACAGAAAAAAUAACAAUAUGCCCAGUUUAAUAAUAUGUAUCAUCAAUUUAUUUGAGAAUGAAUAAUAAGGUCAAUUUUACUGUAAAAAUUAUCAGUUUGUCAUUAUCACAAGUAUGUGUAAUGUAACCCUAGUAUUGAUGUCAUUUAGUAAAUAAAAACAUAAAAUAA